CAGUUGGAAACAAAAAGUCAUAAAAAAUUGUCAUAACAAGUCGUCAUUACUCUUAACCGCGUAGUACUGUUCGCUUUUGAGUUGGCGUGUUACAGGGCUGUGUAAAUAGAUUUCUGAAGAAAACAUGGGAGACAAUUGGGAUGAUGCCAGCCCUGUGCCUAUGGCCCAGGAACUUCCUGAGAUUAAGUUGUUUGGAAAAUGGUGUUCAAGUGAUGUUCAAGUUAGUGAUAUUAGUUUAACAGAUUAUAUUGCUGUGAAGGAAAAAUAUGCAAGAUAUUUACCACAUUCAGCUGGUAGAUACGCUACAAAACGUUUCAGAAAAGCCCAAUGUCCAAUUGUUGAGCGUUUGACUAAUUCCAUGAUGAUGCAUGGUCGUAAUAAUGGCAAAAAGUUGAUGGCUGUACGAAUUGUUAAGCAUGCUUUUGAAAUCAUUCAUCUAAUGACAAAUGAGAAUCCUCUUCAAGUGUUAGUAAAUGCUAUCAUCAACAGUGGGCCAAGAGAAGAUUCUACCAGAAUUGGUCGUGCUGGUACAGUAAGGAGGCAAGCUGUUGAUGUCUCUCCAUUGAGGCGUGUCAAUCAAGCUAUAUGGCUGCUGUGUACUGGUGCUCGUGAAGCAGCAUUUAGAAAUAUUAAAACUAUUGCUGAAUGCUUAGCAGAUGAACUUAUGAAUGCUGCAAAGGGUUCUUCCAACAGCUAUGCUAUCAAGAAAAAGGAUGAAUUGGAACGUGUUGCUAAGUCUAACCGUUAAAAACUGUUAAAUCAUAUUUGGAAAAAAAUUAAUAAAAGUGGAUAUUUGUUCCAUUA